AUGGCUUUGCCUAAGAUUGCCUGUAUCGGCGUCAUUGGGAAAGCUGAUAAUCCACUCCACGUGUCGCUGUUCCCUCCCUAUGUGGAGUCCACUAUUGAGUUCUCUCUUAUAUUGAAUUCCUGCCUUGAUAUCUUUGAAAUACGCCGCAAACAGACGUCAAUUGACCAAGAUCUUGGUCUUUUGCAGGCUGUGGACGAGAGACUUGCAGCAUAUGGCUGGCUUUCUACUACGGGGGUAAAAUUCCUAGUUAUAGUUGACUUGAUUGGACAGCCCAUCAGUGAUGAAGGACCUAAAGGUUCCACCAAGUCGGGGUUAAGGGAAUUUGACCUAAAAGCAGUUUUCCGAACUCUCCAAACAGCAUAUGUGCAAUUGCUACAGAAUCCGUUUUAUCGACCGGACGAGCACAUGGCCACAGCGAAAGCCGUGUCAUCUUGCAGUUCGCAGAUCACAGAUCAGAGGUUCAUUAACGAGGUCAACCGAAUUGGAAACUCAUGGGUUCCGACUGUAGCCUCCCUUUAA